AUGGAAGAAAGCGAUGGGGAAGACAUGACCGAAACACCAGAGCUUCCCCUGGAGAUCAUAAUUUACAUCCUGAGCUUUCUUCAUGCCUCUGACAGGAAGGAAGCCUCUCUGGUUUGCCACAGCUGGUACAUCGCCAGCCAGGACCAUUGCUUUCAGAAAAACGCCACCUUCUGCUUCCCGGCUUCGGCCUCGUCCUUGGAGCUGGUCAGGGGUCUGGCCAGAAGGUCCAACUGUAGCCUGAGAAUCAGCCAGCUUGAUGGCUUCAGUGUUUCCAGAUCACUCCUCCUGGAGGUGGGUCUGUGCCUGGGCUCCAGGGUGGAGAGCUUGGCCCUGCCUGGCAGCAGCAUAACUGAGGCCUCUCUGCUGUCCCUGCUGCCUCGUCUCACCUCACUCCGGAGGCUGGACCUCAGUGGUCUGGACAGCCUCUUCAUGUCCGGAGCUUUCCUGUCCAGGGAGGAGCACAGACAGCAGGUCCGUUCAGCCUUGUGCGGCCUGGAGGAGCUGGAUCUGUCCGACCUGCGGUACCUCUCUGACCUCACCUUCAAUCGGCUCACUUGGUGCACGCCGCGCCUCCGCCGGCUCUCGCUGGCCGGCUGCCACAUCGCCUUCGAGUUCGACCCUUAUCAAGGGUGUCCAGUGGGAGCCGUGGAGGACUCCUCGGCCCUCCUGUCACUUCGGAACCUGAAGAAGUUGUUAAUGGAGCAGAAAUCCACCCUCAUAGCUCUGGACCUCAGCCGGACAUCCAUCACUCCUGAGUCUCUGCGCACCAUUGCACAGGUGCAGGAUUUGGUGUUAAAAGAACUGUAUCUGCAGGGCUGCAAGGAGCUGACGGACUAUUCGAUGGAGAUUCUGGUGAAGCACCAGCCGGGCCUCCUUAAACUGGACAUCAGCAGCUGCACGGAGCUGACCAGCCGCUCUGUAGAUGCUGUAGCUCGAGGCCUGAAGUCGCUGACUCACCUGUCCUUGUCUCGCAAUUGGAAGAUCACUGAAAAAGGCCUUGCUGACCAGCUCUCGGUGGCGUCCCUGAGGUCUCUGGACGUGUCCGAGUGUCUGCACGUCAGCGGAACAGAGAUGGUGAAGGGUCUGAAGGGAUCCGGCGCGGGCCGAGCCCGGCUGGAGACGCUCAGUCUGAAGAGCUGCACCUACAUCCAGAUGUGCUCAGUGCUGCUUCAUCCAAUGGCUAACACAGAUGUUUGA